AAUUCUGCCUGUCAAGGUGCAUACGAAGUCUCUAGUAGUGGCAAUCGGAGGCAUAUAGACCGGCGUUCGGGUCCUCGAAAGCCAAUCCCGCGCUCCGCACCUAACACUCUCGCGGCGCUAGCCUUCUUCGUCUAACGCCGCCGCCUGAACAUGAACCCUGUCGCAGAGGGCACUUGCCUAGGUUAGAUCGUCAGAUGCUAACAAGCUGGCUAUAUAAGCUCUGCGGACUUUGCUAGCUUCUGUUCGAUACUCUCCUCGUCCUUUUCAUCAACGAGCAAAGAUGUCGUCGACACCCAUGGACGGCACGGUAGGCCUGUCCAGGCUGAUCCGGCAGGCCUCAGCCUCCCAGAUUGCCACCUCCAUCAUUGUCAUUCUGGUCGUCCGAUGGGUUGCAAGGGCCUUCUAUCGAGUUUACUUCCACCCGCUCUCCAAAUUUCCUGGCCCCAAUUUCACAGCAGCAACACGUAUUCCGCAGCUUUGGGGAGUGGUGACUGGCACGCCGCACAAGCGGAUAGCUGGACUCCACCGAAAGUACGGCGAUGUUGUGCGCACUGCACCGGACGAGGUCAGCUUCGUGAACGCGGACGCCUGGAGGGAUGUCCACGGGCACGGCACCAAAAAUACGCCGGGCUCGGUCCCUCACAAGCAUUGGAUCCGCUACGGCACGUCUGUGAAUGGCGCUGCCUCUCUUAUUAUUGCGAAAGAUGGGGAACAUUAUCGGAUGCGUCGCAUCUUCAACCCUGCCUUUUCGGAUCGCGCUCUCAAGCAGCAGGAGCCGCUCUUCAUGAAGUACGUAGACUUGCUGGUCCAAAAGUUAAGAGAAGGCAUCGAAGAAAACUCGGAGCGCAGGUUUGACAUGGUCCGGAUGUACAACUUCACCACGUUCGAUGUCAUGGGAGAUCUCACCUUUGGAGAGCCACUCCACAUGCUCUCAGAGGGGGAAUAUGAUCCAUGGGUGAAAACCAUUUUCGCUUUCAUCAAAUUCGGGACACGCCUGAGCAUCAUCAACCAUUACCCGCUCAUCUACAAGCCUUUCCGAGCCCUCGUUCCGGAAUCCUUCGCUAAGAAGAGGGUAGAGCACUUCAACUUCUCCGUGCAGCGGGUGACGAAGAGGCUGGAAAAGGGGAGAGACGCAGAAGGAGUCGAUCUAUGGGAUCUCGUGAUGAGCCAACCAGAAGGCAAAGGCUUGUCCCGCGGCGAGAUGGACGCGAACUCCUCUCUCUUUAUGGCGGCUGGAACAGAGACUACGGCCACGCUCGUUUCCGGUCUGACGUUCCUGCUCCUCAAGAACCCAGAAGCGAUGAAGAACCUGACAAAGGAGAUCCGCAAUACCUUCCCCGGCUCAGAGGAGAUGAGCUUCGAGAAGCUCGCUGCACUCCCGUACCUCAACGCUUGCAUCAAAGAGGCGUUCCGUCUGUACCCACCGGUUGUUACUGGGCUGCCUCGUAUGACGCCGCCAGACGGCUCGACCGUCUGCGGACACUACGUCCCACCCGGAUACGUCGUUACCGUGCCGCAACUCGCCAUGUAUACGUCGGAGAGCAACUUCAAAGAGCCAAUGUCUUUCAUCCCUGAGCGUUGGCUCGGAGAUGAGCGGUUUAAUGGCGAUAAGAAGCAAGCUCUGCAGCCCUUCUCCAUCGGCUCAAGGGAUUGCUUGGGGAAGAACAUGGCAUAUCAUGAGAUGCGUCUCAUCAUCACGAAGGUCUUGAAGAACUUUGACCUGGAGCUGUUGCCCGAGAGCGCAAACUGGGCCGAUCAGGAAUGCUACACCCUGUGGGAGAAGCAUCCUCUAAUGUGCAAGGUGAAGGCUGUGAAUUGAGCUGCAAUCCUAUUUCCGAGCGGUUAGUGACGCAAUCACGAUCCGGAUUAGUGGCGUCGUACCGUGCACGGUUAGGGAGAAUGGGUGUUGUUUGGCGUUUAUUGGUACGGGUGCAGGAGUCACCUCGACACCAUGACAGGACUUCUGCCAGAAAUGAUGCCCAUUCAUGACUUUGGGCCAUUACGAUUCGAGAGGUGACCGGGUUAUAGAUACAGUAAAAUACAAAUAGUU